AAUAUGCGGCCUUGAAAAUGGACUCACUGAAGGAAACCUUUCUCCUGCUCAAAGACAACAUUAAACUCUUAGAACAGGUAGCAGAAGUUAUCUUCGAGCACCUGAUGAGGGACAUGAGUGACAUGCGUUCAGAAUUACGCAAGGAUAAAAUCGAACCCGAUCUCCUCCGAGUAGUUACGAUCCUACUCGAGUGUCCAGCCUUUGACAGGCCGGAUACAAAGUGGGGUGAUUGUAUCAUCAAAGAAAUGGCAGACUUCUUGACAUGGAUGUAUGAAGCAGCGAAGAGGAACUUCGAUGUGCUUGAAAAAUCAUCACAUAUUGACUACAACUGGGUGAUUUUAGACCGAUAUGUAGCAUAG